AUGGCUCCAAAAUACGCUGCUUCCCCGGCUGAAUUCGCCGAAUUUCUUUCUGAACUCCCCGAAGACGUCGGCCUCCAGCUGACCCCGCUGAAGUCGGCGCUCAAAAUCGCGUUGGCCGGCCUGAUUCCCUUGGGUCGAUUUGAAAUCUGGCGCCUCGAAGGGGGAUAUUAUUGCUAUUUGAUGGAUUAUUUGGGGACAUUUCUGUAUUGCCAGAAUGCGGGCGAAAGGGAUGAGCGUCUUCUAGCCGCCGGGCUCGACUACAUGCUACAGACUACAAAAAUGGGCUCCGUGUUGCGGGAGCGCGAGCUCGUGAUCCUUUGGGGGGAUGCCGACACGAUCGAGAAGCUCACCACCCUUCUCGUCUCCCUCCACAACUACCGUACCCAUUCUACCGUAUGCCUCGACACCCUGUUCAUCAUUCCAAAUGGCUGUCAGCUGGCCGAGAAAUCGCUGCCCCCGGGGUAUUUUCUGGACACGUUACGGGCCGACGACGCCGAACUGGUCGCCGCCAGAUGGGCAUAUUCGGCCGAGGAUGAGCCGGAGAGGAUCAGAAUUCGCCUCUCCUCCCUCCCCUCGUCGUGCGUGCGGUCGCGCGGCGGCGAGCAGCUGGCCGGCUGGGUUACGGUAGACCACCGGGGAAUGGUCCAACAUCUCCACGUACUGCCGGAGCAUCGCGGAAAAGGGAUACGCGCCCACCUGAUGCAAGACAUUGCCGCCAAAAUGUACGGUAGCCCUGGGCUGGCCAUUCUACCGUACUACUGCGUGGAUGAUCGGAAUUCCGCGAUGCUACGCUGGGUACCAAAUGGGCAUACGGUGUACGGUAGCGACGGGAAAGCGCAGAAAAUCCUGUUUAUGCCCGUUAAUUUUGACAAA